UUUCCUCUUCUCCACCGGAGCCGUCGCUGGUCACCCUCGCUGCUUUGCGGUCUUCGAAGCUGCCCAGAGGUGAAGGUGGGACAGGGGAACCUCCCCGCCAUAGAGAGUGAGAGGAUAUUGAUCCGUUAGCUUCGUCGUCCUUAAGGGAAGUGUGACAAUGUCUUCUGAGGAGAGCCCCGAGUACUCACCUUUCUUCGCCGUGAUGGGAGCCUCUGCGGCCAUGGUCUUCAGCGCAUUAGGAGCAGCAUAUGGGACCGCGAAGAGCGGCACAGGCAUCGCUGCCAUGUCUGUGAUGCGGCCAGAGCUCAUCAUGAAGUCCAUCAUCCCUGUCGUCAUGGCCGGCAUCAUCGCCAUCUACGGGCUGGUGGUGGCUGUGCUGAUAGCUAACAACAUCUCAGAGAGACUCACUCUCUUUAAGAGCUUCCUCCAUCUUGGUGCGGGUCUGAGUGUGGGCCUGAGCGGUCUGGCGGCCGGCUUCGCAAUCGGCAUCGUUGGCGACGCCGGGGUGAGGGGAACCGCCCAGCAGCCCCGGCUUUUCGUGGGCAUGAUCCUGAUCCUGAUUUUCGCUGAGGUGCUGGGGCUCUACGGCCUGAUCGUGGCUCUCAUCCUAUCCACAAAAUAAGUGUCUGUUCCACUACCUUCUCAUUCAUUCCACAUCGAAGCGGCGAGAACAAAUAGGAGAGUUUCACCUUCUUCCAUGACACCCUGCGGAUCUGACAGGAUGGGAUGGCAGCAGAAACAUGCCUCGUCCUCUAUAGGUGUGACCAUAUCCUCUUUGUUUUAAGCCAUCCGGUUGUCAGGUAUUGUGUGUACAGAACGGGCAUGAACAUGUGCUGUUAGUUGUUGGAUGAUGUGUGGACUGUCUGCCUGAUUAUAUGGUCUAAUCCCUAACUGUACAGUAAUCCAGAGUCCUCCCAUACUAGGUAAAUGUAGUAACCAGUCUGUGCUGUGAGCGUGAGUAUCGUUUACCUCCCCACCCAUUCGCCCUCCGUUUUAUUUUUAUUUUUCGGUCUUUUGUUGAUGCUUUUAAUCGUUUGUUUUGAGACUACUGAAGAGUUGUGCACACUAGUAUUUUGUUUUUCCAUGUUCUUUUUUUCAGGACCAUCUUCUUUUGUCACUAUUUAUUGAAAGCUAUGAAGAUUUUGAAGCUGUCUAAAUGGAACUAUUUAUUGAAAUACCCUAUAUACAUAAAAUAAAUUAUCUGUGUAUAGUUAGAUUUAUUGCACUGUGGGUAAUUGUUCAAAGUGCUUGGAAUUCCUCUGGAUAUAGUGAUUAUUAUUGGAGGACGUCCACAUGUUCACAUGGAGAUGACUGGGUGUGUGUGUGGGAUCUGAUUGCAUAAUGUGCGGUUUUAUGUUUGAUAUGACAUUCUCAGACACUAGUAUUGUUUACCUGUAGUGCUGCUGUCUUUUUGUUUUUCUGUUCAAAGUGGGAGCUCACUGUUCAGCCAUGCCUGUCAGAUUUCCAAAUAAAACUCAACCUCCUCCA